AUGUGUGGUGCAUUUGCUGGCUCAGCAAUUGCACAGGGACCAUGUGUUGGCCGAAUCGAUCGGUGGUCAGAGUGGGACCCGACAAGCCCGGAACCACUUUGGCUCCUUCUCUCAGGUGCCACAGAUCCACCUAAAGAAAUUGGAAUUUCUAAGAGACGAACUCGGGAUGCACAAGGAGAUAGGAAUGGUGUAUUUUUAGCUGGUGUGACUCGUGAUUUAGUCAACAUGGAAGAUGUAGUCGGAUCAAAGCUGUACAACACUGUUAAAGAUCUUUAUCUCACUAAGCAUGCAGCUCUUCGACACAUCACCUUGCUUUUUGAAAAAUGCAAGGACACAAACGCCAAGCCUAUGUUGUACUAUACAGGGCAUGGUGAAAUUGGUACUGGAAACUGGUGCUUUUCAGAUGGGACAAUCAGUAUUCAAGAGAUUUUUGACAUGGUGCCUGGUGGCUGUUAUUACCCACUGAUAUUCAGUGAUGCCUGUUACAGUGGUCACUGGGCAAAUUUCUGUCUUAGGCAAAGUAUUGGUGGUUUUUUCCACUGCCUAGCAGCAUGUCCGGAGUACUCAACGGCUCUUGAUACCAAAGGUGUGCAUGAUUCACAUGCUUUAAUUAAUAUGGGAAACCCAGUUAAAUUAUAUUAGGCGUACGCUAGUGGCGCCGGUACGAGUUCGAAGUAUCCACUCAAACAAAGCUUCCGCCAUUAAGCUAUAUGGGAAACGCCCAUCGUGAUUCUUUCUACAGAGGAGCCUCGAUGUAACAGAGGGCCAAGGGAUUGUCAAAAUUUGUUCGCUAUACAGUGCAACCCCGAUAUAACGAAGCUCUAUAUAACGACACCCUCGGUAUAACGAACGAUUUUGUUUUCAACCCGUUGGUAUUAAUAGUAAAUUAUUCAUGAAGAGAAAGCACAAUAUAACGACACCUCGACGUUUAAUAUGGCGAACAAAUUUUAUACAAUUAUUGGAUGAGAUUUUUGUGAUAUCCAGAAUAAUUAAGGUCGAGGUAGGGGUUAUCAGGUUAUUAUUAAAAACCGCGCGAAUCUAAUAAUUGUUUUAUUAUACAUUGAACGAAUCCUCUCUUUCUCGCUUCUGACGUAACAUGUUUUCAAAGUUUGUUCCAACUGUUUCUUUGCCUCAGGUUCUCUCUGUUUUUUCUCUUUCACGUAAUCAGCAGACAGCUCCUUUGCCAUCUUCGUCGACUUUUUUGUGUUUGUGAGUCCCUGUCUUCAACUACUUUUUCGAUGUCUUGCUUGGUCAACGAAGCAAACCUGGAAGUCAUGUUUUGGCUUCUUCACUGACGGCAAGCAACACAAAGCGCGCGGACUUGACGUGAUUACCGUUAGAAAUCAUGCACCGCGGUCGUACAUGACAUGAUUACCCGUGACCUUAUUGUAUAAUCAGCAGCUAGAUGACGUCCCAGGCGCUGAUUUCGAAAAUUCACCGUACGCUUUCGGCCAAUCAGAAAGAGAUGGUGUGUUCAAUGUAUAAUAAUGCCAAUUACUUGGUCCUUUGUUAUACCGAGGUUCCACCGGCAUUUGUACGGGGUUUCGUUAUAUCGAGGUUCUUUUCCACAUAUUUUACUACAAUCGAGCCUUCACUAACGGCCACCUCUCUACCAUGGCCUUUUUUUUGGUCCUGACGGACAGCAGUCCAUGAAUUGACUCUUGUUUAAACCUCGCAACGACGCCAAUGGCCACUAAAGCGUGACCCCAACUGCCAAAAUAACUUCUCGAAAACGGCCAUUUUUUUCAGCGACUGCCGAAAAAGUCAGAAAUGGUCGUCAAAUUUGAUCCGUGUGUCGCGUUGAGGUUUAAUGGCAAUCUUAUGUUCAAUGUACGUGCUCUAUUUAUUUUGCUGCGGCAAGCUUAAAUUGUCAAGUACGAUACUUAUGGCGAAUGUUGCGAGACUUGCUCAUUUUGUCAUUUUUUAUUCAAGACAUUUAUUUAGUACUAUCUAAGUUUUUUGUGUAUUUUAUCUCUAUAUAUAUCAUUUAUGACUGGAUUACCAUUAUGGGAUACAGUAAGCAUGAACUUGGCACAAUAAACAUGAUGUACCCCCUAAAGAAAUUUGUCUUAUGUCACCCCUUCCUCCCCAUAACGGCCACCUCUCCACAAAAGGCCAUUUUCUUCCGUCCCCAAGGUUAGGGUUCUUUAUAUCGAUGACUUCGUCAUAUAGAGGUUAGUUAUAUAUGGGGGUUCUAUUCUACUGACAUUCUGCACUUUUCAAAUUAUUUGUAGAUAAAGGAGGAGAACUAACAUUGUACAUGACUGGAAACAAACUACGGCCAAGAACAGAGCCCAUGUAUAGUGGCGGAAAUAGACAUGACUUCCCCAUCACCAGUGGAUAUGCGACAGUUAGUUACACUGAUUUUAUCAGUAGCCAUGUUUUUAAUAGCCAAAACAUUUUGAUUUCCCAGAGCAUGAAUAAUGGCUUCUUCUCAGGAAUUUUUGCGAGUUCAGAACUUUACAAUCCAAGACCUGCGACAACUUGGGGAAUUAGACGAAACUACGACGAGUUUCUUGCGUUCACUAAAGGGGUAUGGAAAUCAAAGGAAAUAUACUCCCUUGCCUGUGAUGAGAAGUUUGGGUUCGGGGCGUUCUUUAUGAAAGGCUACGGCACGAAACAAUGCAUUGUAAAAAGUACGGAUAAUAUUAAGAAACAUCGGAAUAACGGUCUUAAGAUAACUUCAUGUGCUGCCCUAGAUUCAAGAUUUUACAUCGUCAUGACAAAAGACACUAAGGAAUACCGUGGAAAAGGGCAGAAGUGGUUUACUUGUAGUACCUGGACAUCAACAAAUGUUGAAAUACAGGAGGGAUACCAAGAAGGAAAAGCUAUCACUGGAAUAUGUUAUUCCAGUGGGCUGAAGCUGUAUUUUGUUGUGAUGACAGCCUCAAUGGGGGCGCAGUGUUUCAGCUGGUUCGACACGACUGAACAAAAAGCCAUGAAUGAUUGGGAAUUUGAGAAAUUUAAACAGGGAUUCCAUCCUUCUAUCAUCUUCAAGGAUCCAACUGACAAUAAUAUUUUAAUUGUGAUGACUAAGGAUGAAAAUAUAUCGGCUUAUGUACGUCGUUCUGACUUUAAAUUAAGGUAG